AUCAACACCUCGGCAAGCUUUCACAGCCGAUGACAUAUUGCGGGGGGGAGCUUUCUGCUGUCGGAGCUCCGUGCAAUUCCACCUUGAUUUCGCAGGCCCAAACCUUUCACUUCACUUUUGUGCCCAUUACCACUUCUUGUUCGUAAAACAGAACGGCCCAACAAUGCAGAGUCUACGCGUUGCCAGACCUUUUCCUUCUCGCUUUGUUACAGCGGUGGUGCCGAGGGUGCAGAGACCAUACUCUACACCUUCAGCUGCGGAACACAAGUAUGAGCACAUUCAACUCACCACUCCUCGUCCUGGUGUUGCUUUGAUCACUCUCAACAGACCAAAAGCACUAAACGCCCUCUUCUCCCCCUUGAUAAACGAACUCAACACCUGCACCUCCUCCCUCGACCGCGACACGUCAAUCUCCGCAAUCGUCCUGACCGGUUCGCCAAAAGCCUUUGCAGCAGGCGCAGACAUCAAAGAAAUGGCUCCAAAAACCUUCUCCGACGCCUACGGACACGACUUUAUAGAGUCCUGGUCCAACAUCACCAGGAUCAAGAAACCCGUCAUUGGCGCCGUGAACGGAUAUGCAUUGGGUGGUGGCUGUGAAUUGGCAAUGAUGUGCGAUAUCCUCUACGCAAGCAAAACAGCCACCUUUGGACAACCAGAGAUCAAAUUGGGUAUUUUGCCAGGAGCGGGUGGCACGCAGAGACUUGCGCAUGCUGUGGGAAAGGCAAAAGCUAUGCAUCUCAUCCUCACCGGGGACAAUUUCUCAGGCGAGCAGGCGGAACAGUGGGGGUUGGUCGCCAAAUGCUUUGAUGAUGCUGAAGCUUGUGUGAAUGGCGCGCUUGAUACCGCCGAGAAGAUUGCUGGAUACUCCAAGAUUGCCGUCAAGGCUUGCAAGGAAGCUGUCAACAAGAGUCAGGAUUUGGGUGUUAGAGAGGGUGUGGAAUAUGAGCGAAGACUCUUCCAUGGCCUUUUUGGCAGCCAGGAUCAGAAGAUCGGUAUGGAGGCUUUUGCGAACAAGAAAAAGGCCGAGUGGACGCACUCGUAGAAACAAGUCCGAGACCUCAGCGUUUAGAUACAUUUUUCGGCACACUCAGAUCGUUUUGCUUCUCCUCAACU